UUCAAAUCCCAAUAACCACCAACCACCACCUCACAAACGACCCCCAGGUACAGCAUUUCAAUCGGCCAAGAUGCGUACCUACGACGACACCUUCAGCGCCACCAAGAUCUACCCGGGCAAGGGCAAGCUCUACGUCCGUGGUGACAGCAAGGUAUUCCGAUUCCAAAAUGGCAAGACCGAAUCCUUGUUCCUCCAGCGCAAGAACCCUCGAAGAAUAGCUUGGACCAUGCUUUACCGAAGAAUGCACAAGAAGGGUAUUUCGGAGGAAGUCGCAAAGAAGAGAUCCCGCCGUACCGUCAAGCACCAGCGAGCCAUCGUCGGCGCCUCCCUCGACGUGAUCAAGGAGCGUCGAUCCCAACGCCCAGAAGCCCGCGCCGCCGCCCGCCAGGCCGCCAUCAAGGAGUCCAAGGAGCAAAAGGCCGCGGCCGAGAGCAAGAAGAAGGCCGAGAAGGCAAAGUCCGCCGCCAAGGCCGCCACCGGUCAGGUCCGCGGUGGCAUCGCCAGCAAGCAGCAGGCCAAGGGAAAGCCGACCAAGGUCCAGGCCACCAGCAGAUAAAUUUGAGCCUCUUUUCUUCCAAAAGAGUGUUUUGAAUGAUGAUGAAGGCCUGUUUACAGUUCAGCGAGAUGGUGGACGAAGCCUUUUUUUUUCUUGAAGUGGAAAUGAGAAAGAAUAAAAAAACGGAAGAGGAAAAUUCAAGACAUUUUGACACGAAAGAUCUUGCGAGACAGAGAUCCCCUCGUUCCUGUUCCGUGCACGAUUGAUUGCAAAGGUGUAGCUUAUGAAGAGACAUGAGAACGAGACACCCCGGCUUAUGGGAAUGGGAAGGGAAUCUUUUUCUUUCCAUGAUGCACAAAGGGUUUCUACCGGUUUGCAGUUCAUGACAGCUACUACUAAAGGCAACAUGUCAAUCAUGUUGCUGGAGGGAAAAAAGCCAAUAGAAAAAAGUGUUGAUCUGGUUCAGGGGAAGAGAGAGAAAUCAAUCAUCAAUCAAAAAGAAA